CACCUGCUGUUGGUGCGUUUGAGUCAGAAUCUCUUUUUAAAACACUUUUUGAUCUUGAACACGCAUAAUGUCGACGAUCAAGAGGGAAUGGGGGCCAACCUAGGUGGUUUAUAGGAUUUUCUGCUGCGCUCCUGCAUGCCCACACCUCUCAGUACGUUGGAAGACGAAAGGACCAUUAGCGAACCGGAGCCAGUCUACGCCUACCGUGAAGAGAGAUAGAGAAAACAAACAAAAAAACAUAAGUAUCGUGGUCUGGGAAAAAGUUGAACAGAGCGCAUCCUCUGGUGCCUGUUCAACAUGCUAAAAGUUGUAUCUUGUGCGAGGGGCCGUUGGGCAGUUUUUACGGGACAUCCCGGCUAUCGGCCCCAACUUUCGGCUAAAAUCCACCUGGCGAGCGGUGCAUCAUGUCAGAAAUCAGACUUGAGAUUCUCUCGCACAGAUAUACCAGAGAUGCCUUCUUGCAAUUUCACUCCAGAGGAAUAUAAGGGAAUGUCAAAAGCAAGAAUGAUAGAGAUCCGCAAACAGAACUGCAACCCCAUGACCAUGAAAGUCACAUACUAUAAGAAACCAGUGUUCAUCCAUCAGGGGCACAUGCAGUAUCUGUGGGAUGUGGAUGGGACCAGAUAUCUGGAUCUGUUUGCUGGUGUGGCCACUGUCAGUGUGGGCCACUGCCACCCGAAAGUAACUGCUGCUGCUGAAAAGCAGCUGAAAAAACUUUGGCAUACCACUUUCAUUUACGUCUACCCUGCUCUCCAAGAGUACUGCGAAAAACUUGCCUCCUAUUUGCCUGAUCCUCUUAAGGUGGUUUUUCUGACAAACAGCGGCUCUGAAGCAAAUGACCUUGCAAUGUUUAUGGCUCGUCUCUACACUGGAAACUUUGACAUAAUCACUUUAAGAGGAUCAUAUCAUGGUGGCAGCCCGAUGACCAUGGGUCUUACAUCCAAUGCAGCAUACAAAUAUCCUGUUGCCAAUGGUUUAGGUUGUACAAAUACGAUGUGUCCGGAUGUGUUCAGAGGUCCUUGGGGAGGAAGGCACUGCAGGGACUCACCUGUGCAGACGACCAGAGACUGUAGCUGUGCUCAAGGUCACUGCGCAGCGAAUGAGCAGUACAUCAAACAACUUAAAGAGACAUUAGCUACAAGCGUCCCUCCUAGAAUCGCUGCUUUCUUUGCAGAACCUCUUCAGGGAGUCGGAGGAGCUGUUCAGUACCCUAAAAACUACCUCAAGGAGGCUUUCAAACUUGUAAGAGAGAGAGGAGGGAUCUGCAUUGCUGAUGAGGUUCAAACUGGAUUUGGACGAACUGGAAGCCACUUCUGGGGUUUCCAAGGACAUGAUGUCAUCCCUGACGUGGUUACAAUGGCAAAGGGCAUCGGUAAUGGAUUCCCUAUGGGAGCUGUUGUUACAACACCAGAAAUUGCUGCUUCUUUUGCCAAGGGGGUGCAUUUUAACACCUUUGGUGGAAAUCCUGUGGCUUGUGCCGUUGCCUCAGCGGUACUUGAUACAAUCAUAGAGGACGGCACACAGAAGAACAGUCUUGAUGUGGGCACUUAUCUAAUGACAGAGUUGGCAAAACUUCGAGACAAGUAUGAAAUCAUUGGCGACGUCCGUGGAAAAGGGCUGCAGAUCGGUGUGGAAAUGGUCAAAGACAAGACCAGCAGAGAUCUACUGCCUCCUGAGGACUUCGCCGAGAUCUUUGAGGAUGUUAAAGAUAUGGGAGUCCUCAUAGGCAAAGGAGGAGUUUACGGACAGAUCUUCCGCAUCAAACCCCCCAUGUGCAUCACGAAGGAAGAUGCAGAUUUCUUCCUGGCGGUUUUUAACAAAUCCAUCCACAACUACAUGGAGAAAAGAUGAAAGCUCAAUAGACUCAGAGGCGAGCCCAGAACCACAGAGAUAUACUACAAAAGUGGAUAAUGUUUUCAUCCUUAAUAAUGGUUAAAAUAUUACUCUCUGGUACCUAUAAUUUUUGUAGCCACUAAAAGGGGAACAUUUUAAAAGCUAAUUUCAAGUUCUUAACACACUAAUUGCUCUGUACUAAAGACAUAAAUAUAUUUUUCACUGUGUCUAUAACCUACAUUCUGCAUUCAUACUAAAUGUCAAAAAAUGAAUUUAUAAUAGAGUCUCUGGCUUUAAAUCGGAUUAGUUUACAAUUUUUUUGUCUUAACAUUUUUCAUUUGUGAUCAACUCAUCUUCUGUACAUAACACAAUGUAUCUUUGCAUUAUUAAUAAAUGAGAUUUUAUUCAAAUAA